CGUAGCCAAACAGGCCUUUAUCAAUACGACCUGGCACAUGAAUCCACAGCUCGAUACUCAAAAGUCAAAACGCUCUCUCUCGCGCCGCUGCUUCGGUCUCAGCGUAGCCAUUGAUUCACCACCACAACAGAAAUAAACGGCAAAUUUUGGAGUUUUGUAAGAGGUUUUAGGGUUUGAGUGUUAUUGGAUGCUGUUGAAUUUCACUUUCAUUUUUUAAAUUGAACUUGUUCUCUCUGUCUCCGAGGAUUGAAAGAGGAGCUCAAAAAAAAUCAAGCAAUAUGUCAGGAAGGAAAGAAACAGUUUUGGAUCUGGCGAAGUUCGUGGACAAGGGUGUUCAAGUUAAGCUUACUGGUGGAAGACAAGUAACAGGGACGCUAAAAGGUUAUGAUCAGUUGCUAAACCUUGUCUUGGAUGAAGCUGUAGAGUUUUUAAGAGAUCCAGAUGAUCCACAGAAGACUACAGAUCAAACCAGGCGCCUUGGCCUAAUAGUUUGUAGGGGAACUGCAGUAAUGCUGGUGUCACCAACUGAUGGCACAGAUGAGAUUGCUAACCCUUUUAUCCAGCCAGAUGGGGCCUAGACUUUAUCAUCUUCAUUUUUAUGUUUUAAAGAAUAGCUGGAUUCACAUCACUAUGCCUUUUGCUCUUUUAUUUUCCUUUUAAUUUUCCACAAGACACCCUAUUCCCAAGGGGGAGAUUAUGGAGAGUAUGAAUUUAGUCUAUUUUGUACCCAAGUUAUGUCAUCUAUGAUAUGAAAUGGUAAAAUUGCCUUUUGAUGUUA